AAGUGAAACGAAAGUGAAAAAUGAACACACCUUUACAGUUUUUCCUCCCAAAGCCUGAAGGUCCUUAUAAAGAGCCGAGUGAACUCACAGCCUGCAGUCUUGGAAGAACCUGAAGAGAGAGAUACUGACACCAACAUGCAGUACCAGUGGGCUGAAGAUGACUUUGAUCUGCCCCCUGGGGUCGGUCGACUGGGCCUCUCUGAGCCAGUUAGUGGUAGAAAGUACGUCAUGUACCACGGCACCACCAGCAAGGCUGCUCAGGCCAUCCGAGCCACAGGUUUUCAGCAGUCUGCAGACGGGAUGCUCGGCCGCGGCGUCUACCUCAGCAGAGACCUGCAGAAAGCUAGCCGCUAUCCCAUUGAUCACCCUGAGUCUGACAGGGUGGUUAUUAAGGUAACGGUCAACGUGGGGAAGGUGAUCGCCAUCAAUCGUCAAGGCCAUCCACUUCAGAAGACCUGGCAUUCCCAUGGCUAUGACACCGCCUGGGUGCCACCUGGGUGUGGGAUGGUGAAGAGCGGUUUGGAAGAGAAUUGUGUCUGGGAUCCCCAAAGUAUCAAGAUCAAUAAUACCAUCAAACCACGCCCAGUCCAACCCUACUAUGGAUGUGGUGCCCGAGGCUACAUGUUUUCCUACAGAGAUACUGACACCAACAUGAGCCAGUACGAGUGGGCUGAAGAUGACUUUGAUCUGCCCCCUGGGGUCGGUCGACUGGGCCUCUCUGAGCCAGUUAGUGGUAGAAAGUACAUCAUGUACCACGGCACCACCAGCGAGGCUGCUCAGGCCAUCCGAGCCUCAGGUUUCAGGCAGUCUGCAGACGGGAUGCUCGGCCGCGGCGUCUACCUCAGCAGAGAUCUGGGGAAAGCUAGCCGCUAUCCCCUUAAUCACCCUGAGUCUGACAGGGUGGUUGUUGUGGUGGAGGUCAACGUGGGGAAGGUGAUCGCUAUCAAUCGUCAAGGCCAUCCACGUCAGAAGACCUGGCAUGACUUCGGCUAUGACACCGCCUGGGUGCCACCCAGGCGUGGAAUGGUGCCAAGUGGUUUGGAGGAGGAUUGUGUCUGGGAUCCCCAAAGAAUCCAGAUCAUUAAAACCAUCAAACCAAGCCCAGUUGAACCCUCCUCUGGAUGUGGUUGGAUGUGCCUGAAGCUCCUUAUAAAAAGCAGAUCAGACUCACAGCCUGCACUCUUGGAAGAACGUGGAGAGAGAGAUACUGACACCAACAUGAGCCAGUACGAGUGGGCUGAAGAUGACUUUGAUCUGCCCUAUGGGGUCAGUCGACUGGGCCUCUCUGAGCCAGUUAGUGGUAGAAAGUACAUCAUGUACCACGGCACCACCAGCGAGGCUGCUCAGGCCAUCCUGGCCACAGGUUUCAGGCAGUCUGCAGGCGGGAUGCUCGGCCGCGGCGUCUACCUCAGCAGAGACCUGGAGAAAGCUAGCCGCUAUCCCCUUAAUCACCCUGAGUCUGACAGGGUGGUUAUUAAGGUAGCGGUCAACGUGGGGAAAGUGAAAAGGAUCGAUUACCAAGAUCAUCCACUUCAGAAGACCUGGCAUGCCCAUGGCUAUGACACCGCCUGGGUGCCACCCAGGUGUGGGAUGGUGAGGAGCGGUUUGGAGGAGGAUUGUGUCUGGGAUCCCAAAAGAAUCCAGAUCAUUAAAACCAUCAAACCAAGCCCAGUUGAACCCUCCUCUGGAUGUAGUUUGAUGUGAUGUGGGCUACAUGUGAGCUGUGAGAGCUAUUACCAAUUUAUUUUCUAUGUUCAAAUGUAUUUUUAUAUAUUUGGAUACAAAGUAAGUGCCAUUUUGUUACUGUGUCAUUGUAA